AUGGCCAGCAACUCCAGCACCCUGCCCAGGGUGACUUUCCAGACCCCAGAGAAGCCUGAAGAGGAAUCAUCUCACAGGAAACUGGGCAAGUUAACCAUCAAGUACAACCGCAAGGAGCUGCAGCGCUGGCUGGACCUGGAGGAGUGGAUCAACACCCAGCUGCAGGAGCUCUACCAGUGCCGG